AUGUAUUCAUCGGAUAUCGAGAAAAAUGAUGCUAUUGCGGCAAGUGACAAAAGUAAUGUUACAACCGAUGAUGAAUUUUAUAAUGAACUUAUGGAUGCACCACCGGAAUUUGAAGAUCAUUUGAUUCCUGAUCAAUGUAAGGAUGAAAUAAUAGGCGUUGAACAUUUAGUCAAAUGUCUUAAUUAUCGAUUUAAUGCGUAUCCAAUCGUUUUUAUGGGUACAUUAAAACAAGCUUUACUAGAAGCUUUAAGUCCGAAAGAUGUUAACGAACGUCGUCCAUUUCUGAUCUAUGUGAAUAAUGAUAAAGGUAUUUAUACAAAUUUAUUUUGUAAACAACUUUUAUGUAACGAAAAGAUUAUUGACUAUUUAAUGAAUAAUUAUGUGCUUUGGGCAUGGGAUGUUACAUUUAAAGCAAACGAACAGAAAUUAAACGACAUAUGCAGCAAUAUUUUUCGUCCAUGGACCAAUGAAAAACAAUUCAAUGCAAGUUUAACUGAUCAAUAUCCAUUAUUAAUUAGUGUUUGUCGUGAUAUAGAUGGUGAAUAUUUAUUCCAUCGUUUAAUCGAAGGUUCAAGUAAAAAAUUUACUGUUACUGAAUUUCUGUCAUGUUUAACACAAUUUAAAGAUAAAUUUUUUUCAAGUGAACAACAAUAUGAAAAAGCGAAAGAAGAAGCAAAACAACAAGCAUUACAAAGUUUAUUUCAGUCUCGUCAUAUUCAUCAUCGAUCAAAACAUUCUCAUGAUCAUGAAUAUCUUCGUUCAGUAUCAAUGUUUCCUCAUCAGAAUUACAAAGAUAAUCCAUAUCUACGUCAUCCAAAAUAUUCUCGAUUAUUAAGUAGUGAUGUUGGUAUGAGAUUCAAUCAAGAGGAAAUGUUUUCUCAUCAUCCUCCAACUAGAGAAGAGAUGAUGCAUGCGUUUGAACAACUUCAUAUGGAUUCCGAUGAUGCUGAUGAUGAAGAUGAUGAUCGAACACCAACUGUUGAACAUCCGGCACCAAAAUUUCCAUAG